AUGGCUAUGACAACAACCACUCUCUCUUUGUGGACAGCUGCAAUUGGUCGUAUGAAAAACACUUACAAAAGGACAUGGUGGGUGCGCCGAGUUGUUCCUGUAUUUCAAACAUUUGCCAACCAAACUGGUAUGCUCUCCUUUGACUGGUGCGAGUGUGAAGUGAGGCACCAUGCACUGGCAGAUGAAGACCCCGAAAAUUGCAAACAGAAGACCAGAUUUGCCAAUGGUCUUGGAUAUGUUUGGACCGGUAUGGAGCGGUUGGUUAUGGAAGGUUCCUCGGAACAAUACAAAGAAAGAAUACCCAAGACGAUUGACGAUAGCUUCAAACAAAUCCACAGUAUGUUCAACAUGCUAAAGUGUAUUGCCAACACCCAUUUGAAUUCAAGUUUCCAAACAUUUCUACAAACAAGAGUAUAUGAUAUUCAAUCAGCCAGAGAAACAAUUGCAUUAUCUAAGGUGCAAAUGAAUGACCAAGUGAAAUAUAUCCACCAGCAAGUUUUGACAACAACAAUACCAACUCGUCCCCAAGAACGAAACAAAUGGCUUGGAGUCUUCAAUGUCGUUGCGUAUCUGUUGACUGCUCUGGAAGCACAGGUUGACAAUUUAGUCUUACUGGAUGACGAACAAGAAGGAAAGAUUGACGUGGAAGCUGAAGAAAAAGUUCAUGUUAAGCUCUGCCAUAUUAUACCUGAUAUGCAAUAA